ACCCACUGCCUCCUCUCAGUUCAACCACUGCCUCUGCCCAGUUCACCCACUGCCUCCUCUCAUUUUGCCUUCUGCCUCUGCCCAGCUCGUCCUCUGCCCAAUCCACCCACCGCCUCUGCCCAGUUCACCCUCCGCCUGGUUUGCCCGCUGCCCUCUGCCCAGCUCGCCCGCUGCCCGUGCCCGGUUUGCCCGCUGCCUGUGCCCGGUUUGCCCGCUGCCUCUACCCUACUUUUCCCUGCGCUGUGUCCACACAACCUUUUGUAAAUAGAAGGGAACAAACUCUGAACCAGCAGAAUGCGAGCCGGCGGCGGGCCAGCAGCCAUGUGACAGCUUCCACAGAGCCUUGACGCAGUCCCGGAGCUUUUUGGAUUGAAGUUGGGAGGUAGAGUUUGUUGCUGCCACCUAUUAAAAACCAGGGUAUGCCCAGCCCCUAGGGCAGAGACAUUUAAGCAGGGAAAGAACAACCUUUUCUCUGCGUCUGGCUGAUACCUAGUCAUCAGAUGAUGAGUUUAUGUGGCUGACUGCAGCUGUGUAAAACAAAGAGUUGCCAAUAUACGUUGGUGCGUUUUCCUUUUCUCUCCCUUUAAAUCGAACCCAGCCCUGGACCAAUGUCACUUUGUAUUUUUGCUAAGUGUUUUCCUAGCUUAGGUGAGCCCAGAGGAUAAAAAUGAAGGGGAGUCGAUUGCAGUUUGGAGGAGGUUUUUAAUUGUCCGUUUCCUCAUUUCAAAAGAAUGAGGAGAGAGAGAAGGAAGCAUUGAGGAAGGCAAAGUGUUCCUAAUGGACCAGGGGAAGACACCUAACUGAAGCAAAACGGAAUUGACACAUUAAUGCUGGCAAUAAACUGGUGAGAUAGAAGAUGAAUUCAGCUGAAAUCACUGAUGAUGAUGAAGUAAAAUCCACUACGAAAACUACUGUGAAAGUAGAAACGGAAAAUGAAGAUGAAGCCCUGGACUGCUCAGUGACAUCCAGAUCUGCUGAGAAGCACUCACUGGAUGGCACAGUGACUUGCCUACAGGAUUCCAGCAAAAGGAAACAGACCUCUCUUGGCUGUGAUGGCUCAGGGAGCCAGCAAGAUGUCUUACCCAGCGUGAAGAAAAGACGCUUUGCACAAGAGGGCCCCCUUUCAAACAUGAAGAACAGAGACGCUGGCUCACCCACUCAGGGAAACGGCGAGCAGGCAGGCAAGAACAAGAACCCCAACGCCGCCUGGCUCUUGGAAGAAGAACCCUUCAGCGACGUCACCACUCCAUCCUACAAAAAGCCUCUCUAUGGCAUCUCGCACAAAAUCACAGAGAAGAAGAACCCAGCAGGAGCUGAGCAGUUUGCUUCUUACGAGCUGUUUGAAAAAGUCAACCCCAGCAGUCCCUCACCUCUCCGCACUUUGAACGACCAACGCAAAAGGGACUCGGCGGCAGCCAUCGCCCUAACAGCGGCCGCCGCGGAUUCUGACCCCAACAUCUACUCUUUGAUCCAGAAGAUGUUCUACACGCUCAACACCCUCAACACCAACAUGACCCAGCUGCACAGUAAAGUCGACCUCUUGUCUCUGGAGGUUAGCAGAAUUAAGAAGCAAAUCAGUCCAGUGGAGUCAGUUGCAGACUUCAAGCCUCCCCCGGAGUACCAGCUGACGUCCACGGAGCUCAAACAAAUCAUGGAUCAGAGCACGUCGGGAGGGGACUUGGCUUGCCGCUUGCUGGUGCAGCUCUUCCCGGAGCUCUUCAGCGACGACGAGUUCAGCAGAAGCUGCAGCGCCUGCGGCUUCCUCAGCAAAAGGAAGCUGGAGUCUCUUCACCUGCAGCUCAUCCGGAACUACGUGGAAGUUUGCUACCCUUCCGUGAAGAACACGGCGGUGUGGCAGGUGGAGUGUUUGCCUCAAGUCAACGAUUUUUUCAACAGGUUUUGGGCUCAGAGGGAGAUGGAAAACAGUCAGCAGAACAUGCAGUCGUCCAGUUUCUACGAGACCGAGCAGGUCGAGUCCUCUCAUUUCAUGGAGGACAAAGAGCAGGAGGAAGCUUUGUCCCUGGACAGGAGCAGCGCCAUCGCCUCGGAUUACAUGCUGGAUGCUCAGGAUCUCAAUGAAUUCUUAGACGAAGCUACCACUCCGGGGGAGUUCUGUGUAUUUUUGUUACACAAGUUGUUUCCAGAACUCUUUGACCACAGGAAGUUAGCUGAAAGGUACAGCUGCUUCGGAGACUCGGGGAGGCAGCUGCUGGAUCCGCAUCGGCUGCAAAUAAUCCGCAGGUACACUGAGAUUUACUUCCCGGACGUGCAGGAGGAAGAAGCUUGGUUGCAGCAGUGCGUCCAGAGGAUAAACGACGAGCUGGAAAACGCCUACAUGGAUGGAAGUGAAUGUGACCAGAUGAGAGAUGACUGCUACGACUCCUCCAGCCUUCCAGAUGAUGUAUCUAUCAUCAAAGUGGAAGACAGCUUUGAAUAUGAAAAACCCGGCAGGCGCUCAAAAAAAAUUUGGCUGGUGCCCAUAGACUUUGACAAACUCGACUUUCCCCCUCCUGAUUUUGAUGUCCCUGUCCCAGACUACCUGUUGAACAAAGAACAGAUCAAAAGUAUCUAUGAAAGCAGCCUGUCCAUAGGCAACUUUGCCUCUCGACUGCUGGUUCUCUUGUUUCCCGAACUGUUCACUCACGAGAACUUGCGGAAGCAGUACAACUGUAGCGGCUCUUUGGGCAAGAAGCAGCUCGACCCCACUAGGAUUAAGUUAAUUCGCCAUUACGUGCAGAUACUGUACCCCAGGGCAAAAAACGACAGGGUGUGGACGUUGGAGUUCGUUGGGAAGCUGGACGAGCGGUGCCGGCGAAGGGACACGGAGCAGCGGCGCUCGUACCAGCAGCAGCGCAAGAUCCACGUGCCGGGGCCGGAGCGCAGGGAGUUCCUCAGCUACGUCAUCAACCCGGAGCGGUUCCGAGAGGAGUUCGAGGGCCCGCCGCUGCCGCCGGAGAGGAGCAGCAAGGACUUCUGCAAGAUCCCGCUGGACGAGCUCGUCGUGCCCAAUCCAGACUUCCCUGUGCCUUCGCUGUAUUUGCUGUCUGAUAAGGAGGUAAGAGAGAUAGUGCAGCAGAGCCUGUCGGUCGGCAACUUCGCCGCCAGGCUCCUGGUCAGACUCUUCCCCGAGCUCUUCACUCCGGAGAACCUCAGGCUGCAGUACAACCAUUCAGGUGCUUGUAACAAAAAACAGCUGGACCCCAUCAGGCUGAGACUGAUCCGUCACUACGUGGAGGCGGUUUACCCUGUGGAGAAGAUGGAGGAAGUGUGGCAUUACGAAUGUAUCCCCAGCAUCGACGAGAGGUGCCGGCGGCCCAACAGGAAAAAGUGUGACAUACUGAAAAAGGCAAAGAAAGCCAAAAAGUGACAGGCUCCUCCAGUCCCCGAGAGACUUUGACCACUAAGUUAUUGUCAGGAUUGUGCUUUGGGUUAGGCCGAAGAGCCUGUUGAGAGCUGAGGCUGUUGAGCGCCUGGGACGGUCAGGCGCCGAGUUUGUCGUGGUUUAAUGUGUCUGUUGCAUCCGUGUGGGCACCACAGCAGUGGGAAGUGGCUUUGCUGCUUUUGGACGUGGUGUCCUGGUUUGGGCCAGCAAAGUGCCAGGCAGCAGCUCGCUCCUCCCGACCCGAAUGAGACUGGGAGGAGAAGAGGCAAGAAAAGGCUGGAGGGUGGAGGCAAGGACAGGGAGGGCACACUCAGCAGUUACGGUGGUGGGCAAAAAGCAGAUUCAGCUGAGGGAAGCAGCAUCAAUUUCAUUGAAAUAGUAUUGCUGCCACCAGUUUACCCAGCAGAUCUGAGCAGGAUGGUGAGAAAUAACCCCAGAUCUGAAAAAAACAGCUUUCCCCUGCUCCUGCCUUCUCCCAGGCUCAGCUUCACCCCACACGUCUCUACCUCCUCCCCGCACAGUGGCACAAGGGGACAGGGAAUGAGGUUGUGGUCAGUUUGUCACACAUUAUCUCUGACUCUACUUCUUCCUCAGGAAGAGGACUCCUCAUGCUCUUCCCCUGCUCCAGUGUGGGUCCCUCUCACAGGAGACAGUCCUCCACAACCUUCUCCAAUGUGAGUACUUCCCACGGGACUGCAGCUCCACCUUGGGUCCCUUCUGUGGGCUGCAGUCCUCCCAGUGAUGGACUGCUCCAGGAUGGGCUUCCCUCAGAGUCAUGUCCUUUGGGUGCAGUCACCUGCCCCCGGCCUGGGAUCCUCCGUGGGCUGCAGGCAUGCAUCUGCUGCCGCGUUAACCUCCCUGGGCUGCAGCCAUCUCUCCACAGGCCCUUCUCCCUGUCCUUCACUGACACUGCUGUAGGCAUAGUUGUUCCUCUCACACCCCACUCCUUUCCUCAGCUCUCUCAAAAACUUUGCCCACCAGGCUUUUUGCCCCUUUAGAUAUGUUACUGCAGAUGCACUGAUGGGCUUGUCCUCGGCCAGAGGCCAGCCUGACUUGGAGCUGAAGAAGCUUCUAGAAGAUGACAGGAGCCACCUCUGUAGCCCUUCCCUCUCUAUCAAAUCCCCACCACACAAACCCAGAAAGUGUGGAAGUGCUGAAGCCAGCAGCGAUGGAGCUGUCAGUGGCUCUGAGCAGGGUUGUCGCUGGUGCAAACACCAGUGCUGAAACUCUCUUCCUCAGCUCCCUCUUUCUGCAGCUUCCCUUUUUUAUCCCUUUCUAAUGAAGAAGUGUGGGGUUUUUUAAAUCAUUGUGCUCUUCAGGGUCAGUUCUGUGUUAGACCCUUAGGAGCAAUCUUGUUAGUUAAUUUGGAGCUUGAGAUUUAAACUUGACUUCUGUUUGAAAGUGCCAUGUACAUUGGAAAUCCUUGGAAUGCCAGCCUUGACUUUUGCAGUUCCCUGCAGCUUCAACGUUUGUUUUGUCGUUGAUGAUGUUGAGGUACUGAAAAUAACAACACUGUGGCAAGGAUGGGGGCUGAAUGGGGUCGUUGGCAUUGUUGACUGUUACCCUGGGUUUAUUUUAACCCCCCAGAAUUAACUGUUGAAGAAUUGAGAUGUGAACAUA